AUGGAAGAUGUUGAUAAAGACAAAUGGGUCAAAGCUAUGGAUCUGAAAAUGCAGUCUAUGUACUUCAAUUCCGUCAGGGACCUUGUAGAUCAACCUGAUGGGGUAAAACCUAUAGGUUGUAAAUGUAUCUACAAGAGAAAACGAGAUGCCGAAGGAAAGACAAUGGCUUUUCGACGGAACACGAGAGCUCACAACUACGAGGAUCCGAAUCCUAGGGGUGAGGGAGCAGCGGAUCCAAAUGUUCCCUCGGCAGUUCCUGGAGGGGUAGCACCCCUGGUUCCUCAGGCAGCUCCUCAGGGAGUUCCCCAGAAUGGAGCCGGUGGAGCUCAAGUGCAGCAGCCUCGUCGGGCACAAUUUCCGCAAGAGGAGGUGCAGUUUAUCAGGGAUUUCAAACGCUUUGGGCCACCCGUUUUCAACGGGGUGAGUGAGAGGCCUACUGCGGCCGAGGAAUGGGUCAGGGAGUUGGAAGCCCUUUAUGUGUAUUUGGGAUGCUCCGACGAUUUCAAGGUCCAGGGAGCAGUGAAUGAAAAACGGGCAGAGUUUCUCCGUCUCACUCAAGGAAGCCUAACUGUGGCCCAAUACGAGAGGAAGUUCACUGAACUGUCCCGUUUCAGAAUGCAAUAUAUUCCUAUUGAGCAAUUAAAGAUUGACAAGUUCAUUGACGGUUUGCAUAGGGAGAUCAAGGGGCUACUUGUUCUCAAGGAACCAACUACAUAUGCAGCGGCAGUCAGGUGUGCGUUGGUUAUGGACAAAUGUCUCGAGGAGCCUCAGUCUCAGCAGGUGAUGGGCUCCAGCUCGGGGGUUAAGAGGAAAUUUGCAUCGUUCUCCUCCAGUCAACCCUCAAGAGGACACCAGCAUCAUGUGCAAAGGCAGACUGCUCCUCCGGUGUGCCCCUCUUGUAAGAAGAGCCAUGUUGGGCCAUGUUGGUUGGGAAAAAUAAUAUGUUACAGGUGCCAGAAGGAAGGACAUUUCGCAAGGGAGUGUCCGAUGACCGGCCCGAAUACCCAAGGUUUAGGCCAGAGGAUCCCAGUGACAACGGCAGCUCAAGGUGGGACCCAUAGGGCGCGCGUCUUCGCUCUCACCAGGGGGGAUGUUGCGCAUGCCGAGGCGGUGGUCUUAGGGACUGUUUUAGUGCUUAGUAUGCCUGCUUACGCAUUAUUUGACUCUAGAUCUAGUCAUUCUUUCAUUGCUUCUACCUUUGUUCGACAUGCGGACCUAGAGCUAGAAUCGUUAGGCUUUUUGUUAUCGGUAUCCACACCGUCAGGAUCUGUGUUGGUCACUAGUCAAAUGGUGAAAGGAGGCCAGCUCUCUUUCGAUGGUCAGACCUUGGAGGUAAAGUUAAUCCAACUGGAUAUGCAAGAUUUCGAUGUGAUACUAGGCAUGGAUUGGUUAGCUGCUAACCAGGCUAAUAUUGAUUGCUCGAAGAAGGAAUUUAGUUUUCGCCUGCCCUCCGAACAAAACUUUACCUUUAAAGGAGUUAAGGCCAGGGUCCCAAGGGUGGUGUCGGCAUUGAAGGCCAGCCAUCAUCUCCAGCGUGGUGCUUGGGCCUAUUUGGCUAGCGUUGUGGAUGCAAGGAAGGUUGUGCCAAGCAUUGAGGCGGUUCGUGUGGUUAAUGAGUUCACUGACGUGUUCCCUGAGGACCUCCCCGGCUUGCCUCCGUCUCGCGAAGUGGACUUUUGUAUAGAGUUAUUGCCAGGGACGGCUCCCAUCUCGAAAGCACCUUAUCGAAUGGCUCCGGCAGAGUUGAAAGAGCUGAAGCUACAGUUGGAAGAAUUACUCGACAAGGGUUUCAUCCGCCCAAGCGUGUCCCCUUGGGGUGCGCCCGUGCUCUUUGUUAAGAAGAAGGACGGUUUUAUGCGACUUUGUAUAGAUUACAGGGAACUAAACAAAGUUACGGUUAAGAAUAAGUAUCCCCUACCACGAAUUGAUGACCUUUUUGAUCAGCUUCAGGGGGCGAAGGUGUUCUCGAAGAUAGACUUGCGUUCGGGGUACCAGCAGUUAAGGCUAAAGGAGGCUAAAGAAGAUAUUUGA